AUGGUGUUGACCGUGGUGAACGCGAUGCUCUGGGCAACACUGCCCUUGUCUGCCGCCGUGUACGGUUCUGCCGUUCCUCGGCAGAAUACGCAGAAUACCGGCGACUUCAACUUGGCUGAAAUUAUCCGCGAUUCUCCUCAAGUUCAAGCUCAUAUGAAGAGCACUAUGAGCCAUCUGGGCAAGGUAUUCCCUUUCUCAGAGGGCCCAAUGAGUGCUUCCAAAGGCGGAGUUGACUUGUUAAAUUCUGCGGAAAUACCGGAAUUCGAUCGCAAAUGCCUAUUUGUGCGCAACUCGAUUAAAGAAACGGGAUGGCAAUCGUCUCUUGAUGUUAACCCUCAUCCUAACGGUGAUAAUGUGGUUACCCGAGAGAAUGAAGAGCCCAUGACAAUCAGUACAUCUACGAUUAAAACUCAUAGUUACCGGCUUGGAUGGAAUAAGGAGUCAUCUAAAGAGACCGGCCAAUCUGUUACAGCUGAAGUUUCUGUCGGUUAUGGCCCCUUCUCAGCGUCUCUUGGGACAACCGUUUAUGGUAAUCAGCGUAUGACAGAAGGCCAAAAUGCUGAGAUGUCAAAACAAGAGGAAGUCUCAGUCAAGGUUGAUAGGCCGUAUACGUGUCCAGCAUGGAGUAUCUGCAGGGUUGUAACCUGGACUUACAUCAGGACCAUCACAGGAAGCUGCUUCCUGACGCCGUAUUACAAUGAGACGUGCGGCAGGGGUGAGGCAGGCAAGGGCAACUUGUACAGUCUUGGGCUUCUCCGAUCUUGUUCACCCUCCGAUAAGAUUGCCGACAAUUUUUACGAGUUUAUUCUUGGGCAGACCGGAUAUGGCCCCGAUUUGGAGGGCAUCAAGAUGCACAUAACCGAGGGCGUAAUCCCCAGGUACCAGGACAACUGCAGCUUUUCGUACACGCUGCGAGACGAGCAUGGAACACCCGUCAGCGCCAUCGCAAACAUUAUUGAGAAGUACCCGGAUCCCAACGCCAAGAAGAUUGAGGUGACCAGCGUCCCCAAGGCACGUAAAUGGGUAAAUUCCAAGGCGGGGGAUCUAGUCUGCAGCCUGGAGCGCAAGUGGUCCUGGAUGCCCCCUAAUCGCUUUUAUAUUUCUUCCACGGAUGGCGGAGACGGAAAAUGGCAUAAUCGCGACGACUUGCCCGAGCCCGAGGGCUGUAUGGAGACGCGCCCCGACACCGAGUCCAAGUCCAAGAGAGCCGAGGCCGAGCUCGACAACAACAGCCUCGAAGAGGAGCCACCCGCGUACGACGGCGUCAAGGUGGACAUUCUUCAGGACGGAAUGCCCGCUUUUCUCGAGAAGUUGGGCCAGAGCAAGAGCGAGGGCUUUAUAGCAAAUCGCAUUGACGAGGCAAAACCCAGCAGCCGCGAGGUCCACGGGCGUGCAACCGAUUACAUUCCCAAUGUCAGAGAUUGUUUGGCAGACUUUGUUAAGCAGAAUACGCAAGGUUAA